GCAGCGUGGAUCAUGGCGGUGUCGGCAGAGGUCCCGCGCGGCGCCGGACGGAGGAAGCUUGCUGAGCUGAGCGUGGAUGAGUUCCUCACCUCUGGCUUUGACUCAGAACUGGACAGUGAAUCUGAGGAGGAAGAAGAGGUGUCUCUGCCCCCCAAGGGGGCCCGGGGUGCAAAGCCGAGCCCGGCCCCCAAGAGGAAGCUGACUGCCCAGGAGGGGCCAGCCACAAAGAAGCUGAGGCAGGGUCGGGCGUCUGAACAUAAGGACCAGCUCUCAAGGCUCAAAGACAAGGACCCCGAGUUCUACCAGUUUCUGCAGGAGAACGACCAGACGCUUCUCAACUUCGAUGACUCGGACAGCUCCGAGGACGAGGAGACGUUCCACACGCUCCCCGAUGAGCUGGAGGAGGCCAGCGAGGAUGGAGAUGGUGAAGAGGAGGCUGAGGAGACCCAGAGCUCCCAGAAGAGCCGCUCCAAGAAGACCCGACUGACCCUUGAGAUGGUGACACGCUGGAGAGAGUCGGCCAAGAAGGACCUAUCUCCUCGCCUCUUCCAUGAAGUUCUCCAAGCUUUCCGGGCUGCUGUGUCUACCACCUAUGAGGGCAAGGAUGGCAAAGAGCCCAGCAAGUUCCGGAUCUCAGACAGUGCAGUGUUCAAUGCCAUUAUCACCUUCUGCAUCCGGGAUCUCUUUGGCUGUGUCCAGAAGUUGCUGCAGCUGAAGCCGCCCAAGGACAGAACCAAGCUGGUGCAGCCGUCCAGUAGCCCCCUGUGGGCCAAGCUGCGCCUGGACAUCAAGUCGUACCUGAAUACGGUCAUCCAGCUCGUGUCCUGUCUGACCGAGGCGUCUGUGACGGCUGCCGUCCUGCAGCACGUUGUGGCCACCGUCCCGUAUUACCUCACCUUCCCCAAACAGUGCCGCGUCCUGCUCAAGAGGAUGGUGGCGCUGUGGAGCACAGGGGAGGAGACUGUGCGGGUCAUGGCCUUCCUGGUGCUCAACAAGGUCUGCCGCCACAAGCACGACGCCUUUCUCAGCCCCGUCCUCAAGCAAAUGUACAUCUCCUACGUGAAGAACUGCAAGUUCACGUCGCCCAAUGCCCUCCCCAUGAUCAACUUCAUGCAGCGCACGCUGUGCGAGAUGUGCGCGCUGGACCCCGGCCUCUCCUACCAGCACGCCUUCCUCUACAUCCGCCAGCUCGCCAUCCACCUGCGCAACGCCAUGACCAUGAACAAGAAGGAGACCUUCCAGGCUGUGUAUAACUGGCAGUACGUGCACUGCCUGCUGCUGUGGUGCCGCGUCCUGAGCGCCGUGCAGCCCCGCCAUGUGCUCGAGCCCCUGCUCUACCCGCUGGCCCAAGUCAUCAUCGGCUGCAUCAAGCUCGUCCCCACCGCCCGCUUCUACCCGCUGAGGAUGCACUGCGUGCGGGCCCUGACGCUGCUCUCGGACAGCACCGGCACCUUCGUGCCCGUCCUGCCCUUCAUCCUGGAGAUUUUCCAGCAAGUGGACUUCAAUAGGAAGCCGGGCCGGAUGAGUGCCAGGCCCAUCAACUUCGCCGUGAUCCUCAAGCUGUCUAAUGUGAACCUGCAGGAGAAGGCCUACCGGGACGGCCUCAUCGAACAGCUCUACGACCUGAGCCUCGAGUACCUCCACAGCCAGGCCUGUGCCAUCGGCUUCCCGGAGCUGGCCCUGCCCGCCAUCCUCCAGUUCAAGUCCUUCCUGAAGGAGUGCAAAGUGGCCAAUUACUGCAAGCAGAUCCGCCAGCUGCUGGAGAAGAUCCAGGAGAACGCCGACUACAUCUCCGGCCGGCGGCAGAAGGUCCCCUUUGGCGUGGCCGACCGGCAGGCUGUGGACGCCUGGGAGAAGCAGGUGCGGGCCGAGGGCACCCCCCUCACCUGGUACUACAGCCACUGGAAGAAGCUGAGGGAGAAGGAAAUCCUGCUGGAGAUCAGCGGCAAAGAGAGGCUGGAAGAACUGAAUUUCCCAGAGAUAAAGCGCCGGAGACCGGAGGACAGGAAGGAGGAGGACAGGAGAGAAUUCAAGGACCUCUUUGACCUGGACACCGACUCUGAGGAGGAGGCCGAAGGGCUCUCGGUGAAAGGACGGGCUGGGCCCAAAGGAGCCCAAGGAGAGGCCAGCGACGGCCCAGGGGACAGCCUGGACGAGUCUUCCAGCCUGAGCAGCGGCCCAGAGGACAGCGAGGACGAGGAUGAGGACGAGGACGAGGAGGGCGGGGACUCGGAGGGCCUGGGAGAAGCCCCGCCGUUGGCCCUGGCUGAGCUGGAGGACCUGGUGAAGGGCGAGGACGACUUGGUGGAAGAUCUGCAGCUUUCUGAGGAAGACUGACCCGGCCCCCUCCCCAGCAGCUCCAUCUCCACGUCCGAUGUCGGGCUUUAUUGGUUUUUCUUUACAAUAUAAAGAAGCUUAACUGUA